AUGGUAUCCUUGUGGUGGGGACAAAGCGCACUUGAAGAACUCAUUGAGAAGGCAACUUCGGAGUUGCUCCCUGCUGGUCAAGAAGAUCUCGUUCUACACCUCGAAAUUAGCGACCAAAUUCGAAGCAAAAAGGUCAAUGCAAAGGAUGCGAUGCGUUCUCUCAAGAGACGCUUGGAGCACAAGAACCCCAAUGUUCAACUUUCUACUCUAUCGCUUAUUGAUACAUGCGUCAAGAAUGGAGGCGACCAAUUUGUACGAGAAGUGGCUAGUCGAGAAUUCAUGGAUCAACUGGCAUCGAUGAUUCGUUCACCGACGGGGUGCAAUCCUGACGUCAAGAACAAGAUCCUGGGUAUCAUUCAGACAUGGCAUUUGGCUUCCAGAAACAAUCCAUCCUUGGGAUACAUCAGUGAUACCUAUCGAUUACUUCAAGCUGAAGGCCAUGUUUUUCCUCCUGUGGGUCAGGCGGUGGAUUCCAUUCUGUUCGAGACUGCUGCGCCACCCGAAUGGACCGAUUCAGAUGUAUGUGAACGUUGCCGAACUGCUUUCACUAUGACAAAUAGAAAGCAUCAUUGUCGCCAAUGUGGCAAGACAUUCUGUCAAGAUUGUUCAGCAAAGAACAUGCCUUUACCCCAUAUUGGCAUUGAUGAAGAGGUCCGCGUGUGCGAUGGAUGCUACAUUAAGCUGAAGCUUGCCAAGGUGGCCAAGAAGGAUGCACUUCCACCACUUCCAGGACUACGCCCUGCCACAUCACAACAACCUGCACCACCACAAAGUUCGAGUCGACAAGUCAGCGGAGAUGCACAAGAUGAGACAUUUGAUGAAGAUAUGAAGAAGGCUAUUGAAAUGUCAUUGAAAGAGGCUGAGCAAUACAAGUCGGGCUAUGGUGCCGGGUACACGCCUUCUCAGCCAUCCCAACCAACGAGUACCAACCCUCCAACGACAACACAGGCUGCAUCGACGAAUGAAGAGGAGGAUGAUCCUGAUCUUGCUGCUGCUAUAGCUGCGUCAUUGAGAGAUAUGCAUGUGUCAUCACCAUCUUAUGCCCCCAGCAAUGCAUGGCAAGAACAACAGCAACAACAACAACAACAAUACCAAUCGUACAAUAGCGAUGAAAUCUCGAGAACAGAAAUGGAAAACAUUGAGUUAUUCUCAACAUUGAUCGCACGAAUUCAUGCACGAGGAGGCAACAUUUCAAACGAUCCACAAAUCACCAAACUUUAUACCCAGAUUGGCGCUCUUCAACCCAAGUUGGUAAAGACAAUGCAGGAUGUUAUCGAGAAACACAAAAUUGUGGUGGAACUUCAUGAUAAGAUGAAUGCUGCCGUACGUGCUUACGACCUUUUAUUGGAACAACGUGUGGCCGGUGCACAUGCACGAGCUUCUCAACCUUAUACCAACAAUGCAACGUAUUAUAACCCUGCAGCAGUAGCAUCAGCCCCAGCACCUUCACCAUCGCAAUAUGGCGCCCAUAUUCCUGCUACUGGUUAUGAUUAUAGUGGUCAAAUGUAUCCACCUGCACCACAACAAACGCCUCAACAACCAGCAGCAGCUACCAAUGGAUAUCCUCCAGUAUCCUCUUCCUCUCCUGCAGCAUCCGCACCACAAUUCCAGCCAUCUACAUACACUGCAAGUGAUCCACAGCAACAACAACAACCCUAUCAACAAAUGUAUCCACCACAACCCCAAGCAGCAGGUGGCUAUUACUAUCCUCCAACACCUACACAACAUCAACAUUACCCCUAUCAGAUGCCUCCAGGUCAACAACAACAGCAACAACCACAACAACCCAAACCACGUGUUGAAGAAUCCCCUUUGAUCGAUCUUUCAUAG